AUGAGAGAAGGGGGAAAUGUUGAACAGUGGGGUGUUUAUGAAGUUUGGUGCCACGUAGUUAUCCUAAACACCACUAUAGUACUGUAUUUACUUUGUUCAUUUAAUUUAAGGGACUCUUUCACAAAAAUCUGUGAGUACGCUUUCUAAGUGACAAGAUGAUAUGUUUUUCUAUUUGUUCGCUGUUAUCGUUUGUAACAAUGCUAACCCAUGGAGCCAAGCUGCCUGACCCUGAGGUGAAAAUAGAAGUUCUGCAUAAACCUCUCAUGUGUUACCGCAAGACAAAAUAUGGAGACAUGCUUCUUGUCCAUUAUGAGGGAUACCUGGAGAGCAAUGGCACCAUGUUUCACUCCAGCCGCACGGAAGGGGAUAAAAACCCAAUGUGGUUCACCUUGGGGAUCCGAGAGGCUCUCAAGGGCUGGGAUAAGGGGUUGAAGAACAUGUGCACAGGAGAGCGCCGGAAACUGACCAUCCCUCCAGCUCUUGCCUACGGGAAGGAAGGGAAAGGCAAGAUCCCUCCGGGCAGCACCCUCGUAUUUGACAUCGAGCUCAUCGAUAUCCGCAAUGGGCCACGAUCGCACGAUUCCUUCCGGGAGAUGGAUCUCAACGAUGACUGGAAGCUCUCCAGGCAGGAGGUGAAGGCGUACCUGAAGAAGGAGUUUGAGAAGCACGGUUACUCACCGAACGACACGCACCACGAAGUGAUGGUAGAGGACAUCUUUAAAAAUGAGGACGAGGACAAAGACGGUUUCAUUUCCACCAGAGAAUUCACUUAUCAACACGACGAACUGUAAAGGACGCACAUGCAGGCAGGACAAGUUGCAUGUAUUUUCAUUUUACCUCUUGAUUUAACUUGAAAGCUUUACGUUGGUUUUAGUGAAAUGUAUUCAUGUGCACAUUCAACAUGCACUGAAAAUGUCACGACAGAUGUAUUUAAAAUGGAAUUUUACUUGUUUUCCCUUUGGAAUGUAAAAAAAAAUAUUUCAAAUAGUAUUGUCAAAGGAUUCAUUUGUUAAAAUCAAAUUAAUCACGAUUAACCACAGUACAUUUCCUGCUUACAUGAUUUAAACCAGAGGGUUCGUAAGUUCGUAACCUUUUUUUUACCUUAGGGCCCAACUUUUCCACCACAGAGAGGCCUGGGCCCACUCAAAUUUUAACACUAAAUUAGUCAUCUUACUCUUGAUUUUAAUGAUAUGCAAUAAUUAUAUCUAACCUACUUACAGUUGAACAAGAUAAACCCUGUCAUUUGAUAUAAAAGCAUGUGUUAAUCACAAAGAUUAUUAUCAAGGCUUAGGUCAGGCUGAUUACAAAGAUAAAUACUACGGUUAUUGAAUAUACUGCAAAAUAAGUGACUCAUAAAAACUGAUGAAAAAUACAUUUAUAUACAAUUACGCAGUGUUAAAAUAAAUCUAUUCUAACUAAUAAUAAUAUAUAUGUAUCAAUAAAAUUAAAACGCAAAUGAAGACAAUGCAGCUUCACCAAUUUAGUCAUAUUUUUUGUGCUUAAGAAACUUUUCUAAGACUUUAGCUCCAGACUUCUUCUGUUUGUUUGAUAUUUUCUUUACUGCCACAAGUGGAGGAAAAGUGUAUUACCGCUGAGUACCAUACGGACCACAGCUUAGGAACAGAUAUUUUUGGCAGCCCAACAAUGGCUAGGAAACACUGAUUUAAACAAACAGAAAAAAGACCCCAAAAUUUUGACGCUAAUGCAAUUUUAUUGUCAGAAUGUCAUACACAUAUUUAACAAUUUUAGCUUAAAUGUAUGCCUUUUUUAUUUGCUCAAAACCUGGAAAUUUACCAGCAAGUUAAACAGUCAGUUUCCUUACUCAUCUCUGCACUGACAUAUGCAUUGACCUGAUCACUGACCGUAUAACAACCUGCGAAGAUUUUCAGGUAUUCAUACACAGUAAAGGAGCAUGUGCGCUCAAAAUAAAUUGCGUGAUUUUUCUGCAAAAAUACAUAAUUACAGUAAUGCCUUGUUGAUCGCUGUUAUUUGGUUCUGGACAUGACCACGAUAAAUUAAGUUCCGCGAAGUAGGAAUCAUUAAUUAUAAAUAUAAACAAAUAUUUUCAUAGCAAGAAGAACAUAAAACAACUAUUAUAAGAGCGUUUCUAGUUGUAACCUUUACACUUUUUUUACUCCAGUAUAGUAAUGCUGCCUGAUGCUGUGCCAAUCAGUGGCCACGAUACUAAACAAAGGGGACGGCGUGGCGCGGUUGGGAGAAUGGCCGUGCCAGCAACCUAUCGAUCCCCACCUUCUACCAACCUAGUCACGUCCGUUGUGUCCUUGAGCAAGACGCUUCACCCUUGCUCCUGAUGAGUUGUGGUUAGGGCCUUGCAUGGCAGCUCCCGCCAUCAGUGUGUGAAUGUGUGUGUGAAUGGGUGAAUGUGGAAAUAGUGUCAAAAGCGCUUUGAGUACCUUGAAGGUAGAAAAGCGCUAUACAAGUAUAACCCAUUUAAAGUGCUAUGAUUGGUUUGGUCUCCUCUAGUGGCCAAUACUACUGUAGUAUUGAUCAUUUAAGUUGAUUUAGCCAUUUUUAUGCUUAAUUAAGGCCCCCAAAUUAGUAAAAUAUGCUUUACAAAAAAUAAAAAAAUCUGCGAUGCGGUGAGGCCACAAUGUUUGAAGCGUGAUGUGGCGAGGGAUGACUGUAAUGCAAAAAUUUUUUUGUAAUUAAUCACAUGAGUAAAUGGAUUACAUUUAGCAGCCCUGAUUUUAAAACAAUGUGUGGUUUUUACGUCAAAUUUUUGUCUGACAGUUAUAAGGUGUGUAAAGUUCUGAUUC